GGGCAUCCAGAUGGCGCGUCUGAGCCCGUCGGCCAUGCGGCCGGGAGUGAGCCCUCUUUUUCGGGGGGUUAGUUCUGACAUAGGCCCCAAUUUAGUUACCACGUCGGGCCCUGCCGGGCCCGUUUCUGGCCUUCGCAGGCCCACAUGUCCCCCUAAAGUAGCCGGUAAAGCGGGGGUCCCCGCUAGGCCCGCUAUGCGGUCUACAGCCGCUAGCUCCUCUGUCCCCUGCUCUCCGGUCCCCCUGGCUGGGCCUCCCUCCCCUCGCGUGGUCGCGGCGGGCCCUUCUCGGCCUUGUGGCGUUCCGGUCCCCGGCCCCUACGGGCCUUGCUCUUUUGCCCCAAUAGUUGGUAGUUUUAGUGGGAGCAGUUCGGCCUUACCUCCGACGUCGUCUCCGGUGUCUCAGGACUCCAUCGCGGCCGCGGUAUCCCUUUUCCAGAUGUGGGCAUCUUCUUUGUCGGGGUCUCCGGGUGCGUCCCACGUGGUCCUUGGUCCUCCGGCGGUGGUUGCGCAGGCUCCCGCGUCGACUGUUCCUCCAUCGGCGGCGACUUCCGGUUUGCGGUCCUCCGAGGGCGGGACUUCCGGUGACGUCAUUUCCGAUGACGUCACUGCCGGUCCCGCCAUUUGUCAGCGGUCAUCGAAGCGGAGCAGGUCGAGUUCCCCGCGCGGCGUCCAAGGUAAGAGAGGAGUGCCGCGGGGGGGAACUUAUGCUCCGGGGGGCAAUUCUGCUGAUGCAAUGGGGUCUACAGGGGCAGCACUUGUGGGGGUUGAUCUUCACGAGGGGGCUAAUGGUGAAUCAAUGGAGGAAUUACCUCAGGGGGGGCAUUUCUCUGGCCAAAUGAACCCGGGGGUCCCUGUUGGAGGCCCCCGUGGGCAGGUUGCAAAGGGUAUUACGGCCCGGCAAAGGGCAAAGGCCCCGUCGGGCAGUAAUCCUCGUCAAGGGGCAAAGGCCCCAUUGGGCAAUUAUAAAGGUGUCGCAGCACCUAUUGGGCACGCUAGGAGUAUGCCUAAGAGCGCUGGCAGUAAUAGUGAGGUUUCUUUGGGCAAAGGCGGCGCCCGUGCAGGCGGCGCUUUUGGCGCGCAAAUUAGUGGGAGUGUAGGGGCUAGGCCUCAGGCUCCGGGCGCAUCCCCGGCAGCAGCGAGGAAGGUAGUAACUAGGUCUUCUACCAAACAUGGUUCACCAGAACAGUUUCAGAGUUUAGAUUUAGCGGUUGCAUCCACUAGACGUAAGAAAGCCACCCCUAUCACUCAGAAGUCAGUACAUUUUAGUGAAGAGAUAGAGGACUUUACAGAAGAUGAGCAGGGUGUGUAUGAUGAUGUUGCAAGUGGCGAAGACAACCAUGAUGUGUGUGAGGGGAUGCAUGAACGGUCUGGGCACAGGGGGAGGGGUAGAGCAGACCUUCCCCUUCGUGGUACUCCUCUCUGGCAAUCUCUUUUGCAGGAAAGCGACAUGGCUACGUCAGGAGAUUCAGGCAGCGGGUUGGAGAGAGGUGCUGAGAGCGGCCAGGACUCCAUGGUGUCAGAGGAUGAGCGUCCUUCUACUUCGGGAGUCGUGGCGAUUCCAAACAGGACUGGUGUGAGAGAUGGGCCUAGAAGUGGGCCACUUCGUGCCUGGAUCGUUGGGCACUCGUUCGUACACUGGGCGGCUAUCCGAGCGGCAUCGCAACCUGGAGGGCAGCAGCUUGGGUUCUCAUUCUCCAGGGUGGUAGUUAGGUGGUUAGGGAGGAGAGGCCUUUGCUGGGCAGAUCUGCCUGGGUUACUGCAAUCCGCCAUGAGGCGGUGGGAGAAACCCCAUGUGCUGAUCAUCCACUUAGGUGGGAAUGAUCUCGGCUCAAUUCCCGGCCGGGACUUGAGCGCAGUGAUCCAAUCAGAUCUGCGCACCUUUAAAGCUUGGUUGCCUGGUGUGAGAAUGGGCUGGUCAAACAUUAUACCGAGGUUGACGUGGAGACACAUGGCCAAUCAUAGGGCAGCGUUCCAAGUUCGCAAGAAGCUCAAUAGAGAUGUUAGGAAGCUUAUGUGCGAGCUAGGUGGUUUUGUUGUGGAACACAAGUUCAUUACGGCCGCUGACCGUAGCCUGUACCGAGGCGACGGGGUCCAUCUUACGGACCAUGGCAUGGACCUGUUUAUUGAAGAUAUACGUCAGUCCCUACUCCUAUUUGUGUGAGUUGGGUGGCGGCGAGAGUGGCCCUUGAUAUUCGGGCGAUCUCGUGGCGGGUGGACAGUGUCCGGGGGCAGGAUGUGAUCGAGGUAGAGUGACGGCACUUCCGGCCAGGGAUGAAGUCCCCAGACGCGCGUCUGGGGUGUUCCCUGCCCGUGUGAUUACGAUGCCGAGAAUUCCCUGUUUUAUAGUAUUGAGCUACGCUCUGCUUCUUCUCCUGCGCCCUGGUACUGCCCAUCUUGUUAGCAUGGGUUACUACGUUUUAGCUAGUACCUGAUUGCCGCCCCCCUGGUCCAUGUUUAUUCAGACGGUCGUUAGUUCUUGUGUUGCCACAAUAAACGUGACCUGCGGGUUUUCUCUAACCAUAAAAAGUU